CAUGGCAAACCGCCGCUAAAGGGGAGUUGGAAGCGGAUGUGGGAAUGAAAAGAAAACGAUUCGCCUCUAAGUUCAAACUUAGCCCUUUCAUCGACUCUAACCCAAAGCGGUUAAAAGCCAUCACCAAAGCCAACGAUAACAUCAACCCAGUAGACGAGUGGACUGAUUUGAAGAAUUGGGUUGAAGAUGAUGAGAGUGUUCCCCAAGCCAGUGUGAUAUUACAUGUCCAUGAAGUCCUUAAAGUGAGCAGGGCUUUUUUCCAAGUCCUACUAUCUCCGGAUCAUUGGUUGUCAAGCACGCACCGCCACGCAAUAACACAGUUGCUCAACAAAGACAUCGUUGCGCAUUCCGUGACUUUGAUAAGCCCCUACGUUGUGGUACCUAUAUCAUUUUUUUCUAGCAACGUCGUGAUAUGAUCUGUUAAAUCGCCUUACAUUUUAUAAUUUAUAAAAUAUAUGUAGCAUAAAAUUCUUAAGAAAGACAUUGCCAACAACACACAUUGGGGUGGAGAUAAAUUCCUGAAAAAGCAAGAGUGGGCAUCUUUUGAAAGGGUAUUGUAUGUCUAAGUCUUAUAAUUGUCUGUCUGGUAUUGUUUUACUAAUUUUGUGUCUGUGUACACACAACACCUACACUUUGAGAUUAAUUGUUAAUAUUGGCAUCUUUUGAUUCCUUUAAAUGCUGAGAAUAAGCAUUGGGUGUUGGCGGAAGUUCUGUUUCGAUAUAGAUUGGUUAGGGUUUACGACUCUAUGAAGACUUCUAGGACUCCAUAUUAUGCAAAUGAGUUGUGUGUGCGGAUGCCUUACCUAGUUCGUGCAAUGGGAUUGUGUCCGGAUGAUAAUGAUUUGCAACCAUGGAAAGCCGAAGCAGUGGAUGUUGUGCCUCAACAAAAUGCAGGGUAUUAAACUCAAUAAUUAUGUACAUUACAUGUAUUGUUUGUCUAAGUCGUAUAAUUGUUUGUCUGUUUUUUUGUCUGUCUACAGAUAAGGUGAAUGUGGGGUCAUGGUCCUAGCUUUUGCAGAACAGUUACUCUUAGGAAAUUCACUGGUUCCUGAUUGCGACUAUGGCAACGUGCACAACAAAAGACGCGACUAUGGUAUUCGUCUUUGGCGGUUGAGAAAAGAAGAAGCUUAGAGUGUUUUACAAUACUUGUCCCAUUAUAAGUUGUGGUUCAAACUUGGGGAAAUAUGUCGAAGAUUGUACAAUGUUAGAUGUUCAAUGUUGUACAAUGUUCAACAAUUGACUAGGGUAUUUUGAACGUGUAUGGCUGUGGACAUAUAAAAUUUAUUGGGCCGGUUGUGAUGAUUAUUGGACUUCUUUAAAAUAUACCAGAUUAUUCUCAAUCAUUUUGGGCUUCUUUUGAAUUGUAUUGAG